AUGGAGUUUUACGAGUCUACCUACUUCAUCAUCCUCAUUCCUUCUGUGGUUAUUACAGUCAUCUUCCUCUUCUUCUGGCUUUUCAUGAAAGAGACUUUAUACGAUGAAGUCCUCGCCAAACAGAGACGGGACCUAAAAUUUGCGCCUACCAAGGCUGACAAAAAGAAAACUGAGAAGAAGAAGAACAAGAAGAAAGAAGCUCAGAACGGGAACGUCCACGAGUCUGACUCGGAGAGUGCCCCUCGGGACUUUAAGCUGUCUGAUGCCCUGGGCACGGAUGAAGAGCAUGUCCCUGCUGUCCCCUCGGGCGUCACCGAGGCCACCGCCGGCGUCAGGGAGCGCAAGAAGAAGGAGAAGAAGCACAAGGCCAACCAAGAUGAUCACGUAACUAAGGACUCGGAAGGAUCCAAGUCUUCAGGCAAGAAAGUAGAUCCAGUCCCUGUUACAAAACAGCCCACUCCACCAUCUGAACCAACAGCAACUAAGAAGAAGCCUGGGCAGAAGAAGCAGAAAAAUGGAAUGGAUGAUCAAGAUAGUAAGACUGAUUCUGUUGUGUCCCCUGCCAAAAAGCAAGAACCAGUGCUGCUCCACCAGGAGAUAAAGCAAGAAAAUGUGUCAGGGAAGAAGAAGGUGUCUGCGAAGAAGCAGAAAGUUGAUAAUGUUUUGGUGGAUGAACCUCUUAUUCAAGCAACUACUUAUAUUCCUUUGAUGGAUAAUUCUGACUCAGGCACUUUGGAAAAGCGUGAGCCGGUUGAAGUUAUAAAACACAAUGUGAAUGAGGGCAUCCAGAAGAGCAGUGGCAAGAAACUGAAGAAUGAAACAGAUAAAGAGAAUGCUGAAGUAAAAUUCAAGGAUUUUGUAACAUCCAUGAAGAAUAUGAUCUUCUCUGAAGACGAGGCUCGUUGUGUAGUGGAGGUGUUAAAGGAAAAAUCCGGUGCAAUUCAUGAUUUCUUGCAAAAGGCCAGCAAGGCUGAGACAGCUGCAGCCCUGCACCAGCUUCAGGACAAGGAGAAGAUGCUCUCAGCAAUGAAGGAGGAGGCAGCUGUUGCAAAGGAGCAGUGCAAACAGCUCUCCCAGGAGCUGGUUGCAGAGAAGGAGAGGAAUGGUUUGCUCACGGCCAAGAUGCGCGAGCGCAUCAACGCGCUGGAGAAGGAGCACGGCACCUUCCAGAGCAAAAUACACGUCAGCUACCAGGAGUCUCAGCAGAUGAAAAUCAAGUUCCAGCAGCUCCGUGAGCAGAUGGAGGCAGAAAUAAGCCACCUGAAGCAGGAAAAUGGUAUCCUGAGAGAUGCUGUCAGCACUUCCACCAAUCAAAUGGAGAGCAAGCAGUCGGCCGAGCUGAACAAGCUGCGCCAGGACUACGCGAGGCUGAUGAAUGAGCUGGGGGAGAAAAGCAGCAAACUGCAGCAGGAGGAGCUCCAGAAGAAAAAUGCAGAGCAGGCAGUGGCUCAGCUCAAGGUCCAGCAGCAGGAAGCAGAGAGAAGAUGGGAAGAAAUCCAGGCUUAUCUCAGGAAAAGAACAGCAGAACACGAAGCAGCACAACAAGAUGUGCAGAAUAAGCUUGUGGCCAAAGACAAUGAAAUCCAGAGCUUGCACAGUAAACUUACUGAUACAAUGGUGUCAAAACAGCAGCUGGAGCAGAGGAUGCUGCAGUUAUUGGAGGCUGAGCAAAAGAGAGCUACUGAGGAGGACUCCAUGCAAAUGCAAGUGCAGGAGCUGAUAGAGCAGAAUGAUGUUUUGAAUGCUCAGCUUCAGAAGUUUCAUUCACAAAUGGCAGCCCAGACCUCAGCUUCAGUCCUGGCAGAAGAACUUCACGAAGUGAUUGCAGAGAAGGACAAACAGAUAAAGCAGAUGGAGGACUCACUAGGCAAUGAACGUGCCAACUUAUCCAGCAAGGAGGAAGAGCUCAAGGUCUUGCAGAAUACGAACCUCUCCCUGAAAUCAGAAGUACAGAAGUUACAGGCUCUGACAAAUGAACAGGCUGCUGCUGCACAUGAGCUGGAAAGGAUGCAGAAAAGCAUUCACAUAAAAGAUGACAAAAUAAGAACUCUUGAAGAUCAGCUUAGAGAAGAACUCACUCAGAUUUCAAACACAAAAGAAGAAGUCAAGGUUCUGAAGGAUCAAAACGCAGCUCUGCAAGCUGAAGUUCAGAAGCUGCAGACUCUCCUGUCUGAGCAGACAAACAAAGACUUGAUAGAGCAGAUGGAAAAAAGCAUGAGAGAAAGGGAUGAUAAAAUCAAGACAGUUGAAGAGCUGCUUGAGGCAGGACUCAUCCAGGUGGCUACUAAAGAGGAGGAGCUGAAGGCCCUGCGAACGGAAAAUUCAUCUCUCAGAAAAGAACUUCAAAGCCUGCAAAUUCAGCAAUCGGAGCAGGUUUCCUUCCAGUCACUGGUGGAGGAACUGCAGAAAGUGAUCCACGAGAAGGAUGGAAAAAUAAAAUCGGUGGAAGAACUCCUACAAGCUGAAAUCCUAAAAGUAGCAAGCAAGGAGAAGACUGUUCAGGCUUUGACACAGGAAAUAGAGGCUCUGAAAGAAGAAGUAGGAAAUUCCCAGCUUGAGAUGGAAAAACAGGUGACAAUAACAUCACAAGUCAAAGAACUUCAGUCUCUGUUGAAGGGGAAGGAAAAGCAGUUGAAAACCAUGGAGGUCUUAUUGGAAGAGAAGGAGAAAGAGGUUAUUAAGAAAGGAGAAUGUCUGCAGGGUCAGAAGGACACAAUUGCACAAUUAACCAGUAAAGUUCAGGAGCUGGAACAACAGAACCUGCAACAACUCCAACAGGUACCUGCUGCAUCCCAAGUCCAGGACGUGGAGAAUCUGUUGAAAGGUGAAGAAGAGCAAAUGAAGUUGAAAGCUGUGGUGGAAGAAAAAGAGAGAGAAAUUGCAAACCAAGUAAAACAGUUGCAGGAUAUGCAAAAAGAAAAUGAAUCUUUCAAAGCUCAAAUACAGGAAUUAAAGCAGGAGAACUGCAAGCAGGCAUCUCUGGCUGUCCAAAGCGAGGAGCUUCUGCAAGUGGUUGCAGGCAAAGAGAAGGAAAUUGCCAGUCUCCAGAGCGAGCUCGCCUCUCAGAGAAAUGCUUUUGAGCAGCAGAGGAAAAAGAACAACGACCUUCGGGAGAAAAACUGGGAAGCAAUGGAAGCAUUGGCAUCAACUGAAAAAUUGCUGCAGGACAAAGUGAACAAGACUGCCAAGGAGAAGCAGCAGCAUUUGGAAGCUGCCGAGGUGGAGACGCGCCAGCUCCUCCAGAAGCUCUUCCCCAAAGUCUCUCUUCCUUCCAACAUGAGCCACAGCGAAUGGAUAUGUGGGUUUGAAAAGAUGGCUAAAGAAUACUUAAGAGAGGCUUCAGGAUCUGAAGAUGUCAAGGUUAUGGAGCAGAAGUUGAAGGAGGCAGAGGAAAUGCACAUCCUGCUGCAGCUGGAGUGUGAAAAAUACAAAUCUGUUCUGGCAGAGACAGAGGGGAUUUUACAAAGGCUACAGAGGAGUGUGGAAGAGGAAGAAAGCAAAUGGAAGAUAAAAGUUGAAGAAUCACAGAAGGAACUUAAACAGAUGCGUUCCGUGGUCACUUCUUUGCAGCACGAGGUGGAGAGGUUAAAGGAAGAAAACAAAGAAGUUGAAACUCUUAAAAAAGAGAGAGAACAUUUGGAAAGUGAACUAGAAAAGGCAGAAAUAGAACGAUCUACUUAUGUUUCAGAAGUCAGAGAGCUCAAAGAUCUCUUGACUGAAUUGCAGAAAAAACUUGAUGAUUCAUAUUCUGAAGCAGUAAGACAGAAUGAAGAGUUAAAUUUGCUGAAAACACAGCUAAAUGAAACACUAUCAAAACUCAAAGUUGAUCAAAACGAGAGAGAAAAGGUAGCUGGUGACUUGCCCAAGGCCCAGGAGUCUUUGGCAGCUCUGGAGAGAGAAAUGGGGAAGGUUUUUGGGGAUGCCAAUGUUAUUGAAAACAGCGACGUUUGCACAGACUCGGAAUUGAGUGAUAAAAGGCGGAAUGUGGCAGUGAAUCUUACCCAGGAUGUGGGUCAUCUCAAGAAGCUGCUUGCAUCAAUAAGCCAAAUGCUGUCAAAGGGAUGAGGACACUACAGCCAGGGUGAAGUCACGGGGGAAUCGUUCAUUUGAGGAUAGCAGAAGGCAUUGUAUUAUAUUUUGCCAAAUUAAAGCCUUAUUUAUGUUUUCACCCUUUCUACUUUGUCAGAAACACUGAACAGAGUUUUGUCUUUUCUAAUCCUUGGUAGACUACUGAUUUAAAGAAAAAACCCAACUCUGUAGACACCUCCAGAGUUUAGUUUUAUAAUAAAAACAAACCUGUUUGGAUAAUUAGACCUUUACAUUCCUGGAGAGACAGUAAACAUGUAAUCUUUUAUCUUAUUUUGCUCAAUAAAACUUAUUCAGAAGACUCCAACGUGGUAAAGUCACCGAUGGGAAAUGACAUUUUAAUACUGAUGUUGUACACUGUUUUACUUAAUUACAUUUUUGGGAUUAGCUGCCUCUGACUUCAACCUCAAGUAAACACUCCUCUUUUUUUCUUUUUUUUUUUUUUUUGGUUGCUAAUGUAAUCAGUUUUUGUAAUGGUGUCAGCAAAUAAAGGGAUGCUAUUAUUCAAGGUGUUCUUGCUCUCUUCUUUCAAGUGAAUUUGGAUGACUCAGGUGAGGUUUCUACCUCUCCCCUCCCCAGAAUGAGCAUCAGGCUGCACCCACUGUGCUUGUUUUCUGGCAGAGGAGGAAGCAUCAACUUGAGAAGAGGCAAACUGGGGAUAUUUUGCAACUCCAGAGCAAGUUUCUGUUCUAAAAAAUAAAAGGUAUUAGGGUUUUAAAAAAUACAAGAAAUUGCCAUCAACAUGCCAUGUGAA